UUUACAUCCGUCUUUGUAUAUUGUAACUACAAUACAUGUAAAUACUUGUGACGAGAAGAACAGUAUUCCAUUUCUCCAGUUAGCACUAGUUCUGCUCCAACAGGCAUCUAUACGACAUCUAUAAAGCCGACUGAUAUCAUGAAGUUCUCCUUGCUAUCCAUGCCCAUGAUCACCACGGCGGCCGCCUUCACUCUGCUGUUGGUUGCGUCUUGGACACGCGUAUGGGUUAAUGUAGAUAACGGGAACACACCGGGUGUAGUGUUCAAUGGCACAGCUCCGGCUUUAGGCACUCCAGGGUACCUAUAUCCUUCACACUUUGGUCUAUGGACUGGUUGUUACGAUCUCACAGCAACUGGCGAACAAUGGGGAUGCGCCUUCAUCUCCGGCGCCUGCAAUACGAACAUCUGCUGGUGGGUCGGAAACACGCUCUUCUGCUCGACUGACCGAUACGACGCCAUUGACUCGUGCGGAGCAUACGUAUCCGCUCGGGUUUUCAUAACCCUGGCUCUGAUCGCCCUUGUCGUUGCCAUGGUGAUGCUGGCUUCAGGGUUGAAGUACGCCAUAGCCGACCACGCCUCAGUGGGGUGCUUGUGGGCCACCCUGGUCUUCCUGUCUAUCACCUGCGGUACCUUUGUCGGUGGUGUGUAUAAGGGUACGGGGGUAGGCCCAAACGGCAGCUAUAGUGUGCAGGAUGAGUUCUCGCUGGAUUGGAGUUUCAUACUGUUUGGCAUAGCCUUUGGCAUGACCUUUGUGGCGGCGGUAGUGACCACAGCGCUGGCGUUGGUGGUGGAAAAACAUCAGCAAACGGUCGAUGAAUACUGAGUAGGACGGCAGCGAUAACAGCCAAAUAUGCAUUUAAAAUAAACAUCCAAGCAAUCCAAUAGUAAGAAAGAUAGAGGUGCAUUGGUGUGGGCGUAGUGAUAAGCAUAUUAAAUAAACAUCCAAGCGAUGCAAUAGUAAGUAAGAUAGAGGUGCAUUAGUGUGGACGUAGUAAUAAGCAUAUGAAAUAAACAUCCA